CUUAAAUAAAGUACUAAGGUAUUAGUUUUUCUUUUUUCCAGAAAAUGUCACCUCAGUAUGCAUACACUCGUUUAUAUCCAGGAACAUAGUAUCGUUCAAUGGCAAUCGACAAGGACCAAAGGGCGCAACAUCCAUUGCUCUAAAUAAAGUUUGCUUAGCAAUCAAAUGCCACAGCAUUUUACCACCGAUAAUAACCACAACAGGCGAUAAUAAAACCAAAAAGAUUUAUAACAUACGCAUCCGACGUACAUCAUAAAAAUAUAUAGAUACAUACAUACCCACAUGCAAGGGGCCACAUAUUGUCGUAUCGACCACUCUGUGUCAAUGUCUCUCAAUUGUGUGUCCUGAUAGAAUAAUAGUGUUGGCAAUUAUUUCCACAUCACUUGGAUAUCGAUGACAAUUCGAAGAGGCAAACAAUAUUCUGAAUAAAGUUGCCUGAAUGGAGUGGGGUAGAUGGGAGCCCUCUAACAAGUAAAAAUAGGAUAUUUGGAGCAACAGGAGUACAACAACAACAAAAAAUGUACUGGUUACAACAACAAAACAGUCAUAAAGAAAUGCUUGGCUUCAACAUGGCAAUGUUGCCAUAAAUCUCAUUCAAGUUUUGCCUUAAAUGGGAAUGGUAUGCCGUAGACCAUUUGCUAACAAAAUAGUCAAUGCAAUUUUCAUUUAAAACCGGAAGUGGAAUAGAAGCUAAUAAAAAACCCACAGCCAGCAAGCUUUAAAGAUAAUAGUGGCGAAUGUAAUCUCUGUUAAUAGCUGUUGCUGAUGGUGGGUCUGCGUUGCUCUCGUAACAACGCACACUGUUUCCAUCCCACAAAACCAGUGAAGCCGAACGAGGCAAUUUUAUCAACGCUUGAAUAGACACUACACAUCUUUUCCGAAAUGAAUGCCAAUAUGAUACGUUGCAAAAAUUGGUUUUGCGCUCGAAACAAUAACAAUGACUACGCCGAGGUUUUGUUUGGCGAUUCCAACAAAAAUACAUCACAACAACAAACGAUAACGACAACAGCAACAACAACGCCACCAACCACCAGUGUCGUAACACCAGACCGACCGCAUCAACAGAUCAACGGCAAAAUUACCACCGCAACAGGCCAUAUUGGCAACCACGCAAUGACUGCUACCAACAACUCGGCAACAGGUGCAACAACAAAUCCGCCAAUGAGCAAUUCAACGGGCGGCUGUGCUGCUCAGUCAGGUGCUGGCAGCGGUGUUGGAUCACAUGUUGUCACAUUUUUGGACGAUGUGCCCAGUGGCAGCAAUGGUGUUGUCAAUACAACGACACGUUUAAUGAACCAUACCGAUCUGCAUCAGAAUACCCACGACCAUCGUCACACAUCUGACGAUUUAGAUGUCCUCGAUGAUGAUUUCAUAGCCAGUCAAGUGGUCAGUUCGUCGCUGCUGUGUGACGAUACAUUGCCAGGCUCGAAAAAUUGUUAUCGUUUAGUGAUAUUGGGAUCUUCACGGGCGGGAAAAUCGUCUAUAGUUGCUCGCUUUCUUGGUAAUCGUUUUGAAGAAGCCUAUACACCGACUAUUGAGGAUUUUCAUCGCAAAUUGUACCGCAUCCGUAAUGAAGUCUAUCAAUUAGAUAUUCUGGACACAUCUGGCCACCAUCCAUUUCCGGCUAUGCGUCGACUGUCAUUUCUAACGGGUGAUAUUUUUAUUUUGGUAUUCAGCAUGGAUUCAAGAGAAUCGUUUGAGGAGGUUGUAAGGCUGAGGGAAAACAUAUUGGAAACUAAAUGGGCAGCACUUAAUCCUGGUAGCGGAUUCAAAAAGAAAGCGUUGCCAAAAAUACCCAUGGUCUUGGCAGGCAAUAAAUGUGACAAAGACCAAAGAACGGUUCAACUAGAUGAAGUUAUGGGCUAUAUAGCUGGGCAGGACAACUGCUGCGUUUUUGUAGAAUGUUCGGCCAAACAAAAUUACCACAUUGAUGAAUUAUUCUAUGAACUCUUUACGGCUUCAAAUUUACCCCUGGAAAUGGCGCCCAAUCAUCAUCGACGUGUGGUUACUGUCUUCGGCGCACCAUCACCAUUGCCACCCCAUUCAUCGGUUGGUGGCACAAAAAAGAAUGCUCUCUCCAUAAAGCGCAGAUUUAGUGAUGCCUGCGGUGUGGUUACCCCAAAUGCCAGGAGGCCGAGCAUUCGAACGGAUUUAAAUUUAAUGCGCUCAAAAACAAUGGCGAUGAACGAGGGAGAGAGCUCAGUGGCACGUAAAAAAUGCGUAAUUAUGUAAGGAAAACCCCCUCCGCCAAUAUUGCAUCUAACCAAAAUAAGACAUUUCAUAUUGUGAUAGUAGUUGAUUGAAUAUAAACACAUACAGACAGAAAGACAAACAUAAAUUAUGUAUAACAAAAAAGAAGAAAAAAAAAUAUAUUUGCAUAUAUUAUACACAUACAUACAUAAGAAAUAUUGUUAUUUUUCUAUGCAAUUAAGAACUAUUUAAAACAAAUACAAAAAGCAAGGAAACGUUAAAAAACCAAUUAUAUUAAUCGAUUUUUCAUCCCUUUCGUAAUAACAAAAUUUAUUCCUGAUAAGUAAUAUUUUUACAUCAAAUAUAAGUAAUCCUUAAAGACAUUACAUUUUCAUACUAAUUAUAACCUUGUUGUUAUCGUGGCAUAAUUAUAGAAGGUAGUAUCAUUAGAUAAUAAGAACCUCUUUUAUUUUUAUCUAUCAUUUCAAAAAGGAAUUGAAAAUAAUAUAAACAAUUUACCGUAACCAUUUGGGCAAGACAAAGACAAGACAUCAUGCUUUCAAUUCGUUUAGGUCUAAAUUUUAAAAACUGAAUCUUUUCAAAGGUUAAUUUUUGGA